AUGUCUAAUAGGUUUACCACCCAGACGGUGUUGGACUCCGUCCUCAAGAGCCGGGGCCUGUCCAGCUCAGACACGGAAAUGCAUGAACUCCCUGCUAGGUGGUCAGCAGUGGCGUCACACCUGUCUUCUUUUUUGCAGUGCGAAAAUAACCCGCUGGAGUGCUACACAGCGAUGUAUGAGGCGGUCAUAAGCCAGCCAUGUCUCUCCUUCGAGCAGGACUGCCAGUGUGGGUCGUGCUCAGAGCGCGUGACGGAGUUCUUCCAUUUGGGACCUUGUUCUCACAAGCUCUGUAAAGCCUGCCUCAGAAAGAUGUUUGACCAACUCAAUGAUGAAUGUCUGGUCUGCAAUGAACCUAUUAGAGAGCUCGCCUUCUGCAAACAGCCUGGCUCCAUGCCUCCUCCACCGGCGCUUGUGCCGCCGCCUCUUGCUCUUCCUACCAAGGCCACCCCUGCCCCUGCACCCGCCUGCGAAGAGUGCCCUGUCUUUGCUUCUAUUCUUAAAAAGAAUGGUCUGCCACCAGACACGUCCGGAAUUGUCCAUGGAUACAAGAAAAUCAAACAGAUUAAUUUACUGGAAGAUGACUACAUAUCGUCUCCUCCUACGGGACAGACCCUUAUUCCGGAGGAGGACUUGAUAUACCUCAGGGACUAUAUGAAGUUUCAGUUCCUACACUUCUUCGAGGAAGUCGAUGCCAGCGAGACUAUCUUUUGCGCAUGGAAGGGCGGCGACGCGGCUGAGCACCAACUCGAGUGUCCUCUCCGCGAAGAUACGUGCAAGAAUAAGGCACUUGGUUGCAGCUUUAUGCAGCCAUACAUCAUUGUAGCGUAUCACGGGAUAAACUGCGAGAAUAUAUGCCUCUACGAAAGUCAGCCGUGCCCUCUAUGCAAUAAGACAGUACUGAACAAGGACAUGUACACCCAUGAGGUCACUUGCUCUAAGAAGCUCAUAGAAGAGCAUAAGGAGAAGGUCAAGUCUUCGCAGAAAGAGUACAUCGCUGGGGCUCAAGCUACUUUCGCUGCUGAGGCCUCCAAGGAAAACUCUCCUAUGAAGAGCGCGUCUCCCAACAAUCCGAAUAGCAAUCCAAGCAUCGUCUCUCCUGAGAACAGGUCCGAUGAUGACAUCAAGGGUAUCACGAUUAGGGAUGCCUGCGAAAACAUGAACGUGCUGGGAGAGAUGUAUUGCGACCUUGUGACAGCUGCUCGCCCAGAUAUAUACUCUAGCACCUCCAGCGCUGUCAACUCUUCUACUGACGUAAGGGGAAGCAGGGAGCUUUUACGCGAUCCAACGGAGAUUGUUGUGAUAGGGCCUGCUGAGCUCUCACCUGAACAGGUCAAAGACAUAAAAAGAACCAAGUCUCCCAAGUCUCCGAAGAGGUCUGGUGCAUCGGAAAAGAACGAUAACUCGAGGAAAGAAAGGAAGGGAACAUCAGAGGCGCGUGUCUUAUCUUACGAGGUCUGCUCCACUGGGUCUGGCCAUCCGUUUGUGGUCUACAAGAUCGAGCUCCCAAGCCAGGACGGCGGAGAGAGCGUAGUCAUCCAUAAGCGAAUGAAGGAGAUCAAGGCGUUCCACAAGCGCCUGCAGCGCAACUUUCCAAGUAUCACGCUGCCCAAGCUUCCGCAGGACAGGCCUUGGGCACUCGGAGGGAACAAGCUUAAGUUUGUUCAGGAGCGCUCCAGACUUUUGGAGGCAUAUUGUGGAGACAUCAAUCACAAUGCGAUGAUAUAUAAAUCGAGGAUUUAUAAAGACUAUAUUAACGAGCAAUGCGCUUAUGUGCCGAUCACUUAUGCUCUUAAAGAGUAG